AUGGAAACGAUGUUGCAGGGGGUUCCCGGAGUUAUAGUCUAUCUGGACGAUAUCACUAUAACCGCGCCAUCCGACGAAGAGCACAUAAAACGAUUAAGAGAAGUGCUAAAGAGAAUUAAAGACUAUGGUUUUCGGGUGAAGAAAGAGAAAUGCGAAUUUCUCAAACCGGAAAUAGAGUACCUGGGACAUAUAGUAAACGCCGAAGACGUAAAAAACGUCCUCAAAAAAGGUAGAAGCCAUAGUCAAGAUGCCACCACCAAAGAACUUAAAAGAAUUACAAUCGUUCUUAGGCAUGAUAACUUAUUACGGGAAGUAUAUACCAAACCUGUCAUCGGAGAGCGCACCGUUAAAUCGGUUGCGACAGAAUGACGCUGAGUGGGUUUGGGGAGAAAAGGAGCAGAUGGCCAUAGAUAAAAUAAAGAAAAUACUGGUAGACAGUGGAACACUGGCACACUACGACCCUACAGAGCAGAUAGUGCUCGCGACGGACGCGUCGGAUUACGGGCUAGGUGCAGUGAUAUACCACAAGUACCGUGAUGGUACAGAGAAAGUGAUAGCGUACGCAUCUAGAACUCUCACCGGAUCCGAGAAGAAUUAUGCGCAAAUUGAGAAAGAAGCGUUGGGCAUUAUCUAUGGCAUUGAGAAAUUUAACCAGUAUUUGUACGGAAGGAAGUUCCUCCUGUUGACCGAUCAUAAACCGCUCCUAAAGAUUUCGGUCCGAAGGAAGGAUUGCCGGUGAUUGCAGCAAAAAGACUGCAACGCUGGGCAUUAAAGCUGAUGACAUACAGCUACGAAAUAGAAUACCGAAACACAGAGAAGUUCGGUAACGCUGACGGAUUAUCAAGGUUGCCCAACCCAGACGAGAGAGUGUCUGAAGAUAGUCAGCAGGUAGAAGGCGAAAUACUCGCUCUACACGAAGAAGCCAUAGCAGGUUUACCUGUAACGGCUGAAGAAAUAGCUAAAGAAGUAGCUAAGGAUUCUGCACUGCAGAAAAUUUUGCCUUAUGUGCAAGGUAGAAAACCGUGGCCAGAAAAGUGCACGGACGAAGCGCUAAAACCUUACUGGAGAGUAAAGGAUUCGUUAACCUUGCACGACGGAUGUAUGUUAAAAGGUACGCGAGUGAUUAUUCCACAGACCUUGAGAGAAAGGGUAUUAAUGGAUUUGCACAGUACACAUGCAGGAAUAGUGAGAAUGAAAGGUCUUGCUAGGAUGUACAUGUGGUUUCCCGGAAUUGAUGAAAGAAUAGAACGGGAAGCUAAAACUUGUACACAAUGUGCUGAAACCGGGAGAGAAGAAACCCGGGUACCAUUAAAGAUGUACACAGGAAAAUAUGAAAGUGAUGGAAAAUUACCGUAGAAGAACUACCGAAUACCAUGACAGAAAGGCCAAAUCGAAGGAGUUCCAAAUAGGAGAAAUAGUCUUUGCCCGAAACUACCGAGAAGGAGAGAAAUGGGUAAAAGGGGCUAUUAUAGAAAAGAAAGGAACUCGAUGGUUCGUAAUUGCAGUACCGGGUUUAGGCAGGUGGAAGAGACACUUGAAUCAAAUGAAGAAGUCUGUGUCUAAAAGGGAAGGAGACUCCGGAAAUACCGAAAUAGUAAUAGAAAAGCGUACAGUAGUACAGCAGAAGGAGCCGCUAAUAAAACCGACCUUACCAGUCAGAACGUCUAUCAGGAAAAGACAACCACCAGCCCAUUUAAAAGAUUAUGUGACUACGUUACCUCAAAGCGCGAAAGACAAAGUGAAAAAGAGUGCGUUUUUGAAAAUGAGAUGAUCCACCACGUAAAAGGGAUCUGGAAUCAUCGAAGUGGAAAUGAGAGUAAAAAAAGUCGUAGUAAAUCCGCGUGAAGAUGGGAGGUGGAUAAGAAAAGGGUAUAAAAAGACAUGAUGGAAACAGAUAGACACAAGAAGAUGUCGGACAAACCAUCUCGCAAGAAGAGCAAGCACCACGAAGGACGACCGCCGGCCGCGAAAAAACCUCGCGAACAAACGCCGCCGGAACAGCACCAAGAAGAGUUACCUUUCGUGCCUACAUACUUAAGACUCCACCGGAUCCAACAAAGUUUGAACAGCUUGAAAGAUCAAAUGGAGGUACGGUCAUUUCCUAAGAUAAAGAUAUCUAAAAAAAGGAAAGGAGUGUUGAAUAUGUGAAUUGAUAGUGAUCAAAUAAUAGAUCACGUGAGAGAUAUCCCAACUAAGAGUAUAAAAAGAAGUCGGGAACUCAGAUCUUGAUUGCUCGUACCGCCCACCAUUCGCCUCCAGCUCCUCCGUCGCUUCCAGCUACGGACUAAUCGACAACUACCUCUCCAAUCUCCACUCUCCAUCUUUAUUCACCACUGAUAAUAAAUAA